CGUGGUUGAGAAUUAACGGUCUGAAACAUGUAAAAAUCGCACCCUAGCUCCUCACUUCGAAGAACAACUCUCUCUCUCUCUCUCUCUCUCUCUCUCUCUCUCUCUCUUCAUGGUCUCCUGCAAGGCUUCAAACCUAACCCACGCAUUACUCCCACUCAACUUCUCUCCCAAAACAAGCCCCCAAAUUGUUACUUAUUAUUCUCAGCCCAACUCUUGUCUGCGCGACAAAUGCGUAGUCUUCUCGUCUUCUACUAUCAGCUCCAACUGGAACUCCGGAGACAAUGAGCGUUUGGUAAAUGGUGAAAACAAUUGCAGUACAAGACAGAGGGAACAAAUAGUCGAAGAAGGAGGAGGAGAGAGAAAGGUGAAUUGCGAGGUGGAGGUGAUAUCGUGGCGCGAACGAAGAGUUCAGGCCCAAAUACUCGUGAAUGCCGAUAUCGGAUCGGUCUGGAACGCUCUAACUGAUUAUGAGAGGCUUGCUGAUUUCAUCCCCAACCUUGUAUCUAGUGGGAGAAUUCCCUGCCCACAUCCUGGGAGCAUAUGGCUGGAGCAAAGAGGCUUGCAACGGGCAUUAUACUGGCAUAUCGAAGCCCGCGUUGUCUUGGAUCUCCAAGAAGUUUUGAACUCAGCUAAUGACCGUGAUCUCCAUUUUUCCAUGGUUGAUGGUGAUUUCAAGAAGUUUGAAGGAAAAUGGUCUGUGAAAUUUGGAAAAAGGCCUGAAACAACAAUUUUGUCAUAUGAAGUUAAUGUGAUACCAAGGUUAAACUUCCCUGCCAUAUUCUUAGAGAGGAUUAUCAGAUCAGAUCUUCCCGUGAAUCUUCAAGCGUUGGCUUGUAGAGCUGAGAAAACUUUUGGAGAAAAUCAGAAUGCAUCAGUCACAGAAAGUAUUUUGGGUACAACGGCUAUGUCCCCUGGCAAAGGAAUUGACGGUGCUAUAUCAGAGAAGGAUAAACUUUCUCCUGGAGAUUUAGAAGACGGUUAUGCCACAUCUUCAUUUGUUCGUGUGUCCCCAUCUUCUAGUGAGUUGAGCAGUAACUGGGGAGUAUUUGGGAAAGUUUGCAACCUCGAUAGGCCUUGUAUUGUGGAUGAAGUUCAUCUCCGUAGAUUUGAUGGACUAUUGGAAAAUGGAGGUGUGCAUCGCGGUGUUGUUGCCAGCAUAACAAUAAAAGCUUCCGUGCAGGAAGUAUGGAACGUGUUGACUGCUUAUGAGAGGCUCCCUGAAGCUAGGUUUUCGGAGGCUUUUGGACAAGACUAUGUCAUUGAUGUUCCAAAUUUAGCAAUCAGUAAGAUUUUAUUAAGGGACAACAACAAAGUUCGCAUUCUGCAGGAAGGAUGCAAGGGCUUACUGUACAUGGUACUCCAUGCACGUGUUGUGUUGGAUUUAUGUGAAAACCUUGAACAGGAGAUAAGUUUUGAGCAGGUUGAAGGAGACUUCGACUUUUUCCAGGGAAAAUGGCUUCUGGAGCAACUUGGAAAUCAUCACACUCUACUGAAAUACUCCGUGGAGUCGAAAAUGCAACAGAACUCUCUUCUUUCGGAAGCUAUAAUGGAAGAGGUCAUAUACGAAGAUCUUCCAUCAAACUUGUGUGCCAUUCGAGACUAUGUUGAAAAAAGGGAAGCACAAAACUCUUUCGAGACCUAUGACCAUACAAUAUACUCUGAGGAGCAAACGACUUCACCUGGUAGAGAGAUAUGUGUUAAUGAGAGCAUGCUUCCUGAGAAAGACUUUGAUUUUGAUAAUCCAUAUCCUUCACGGCAAAGACCACGGGUCCCGGGCUUGCAGAGAGACAUAGAAAUCCUUAAAGCUGAGCUUCUGACAUUUAUAACAGACUAUGGGCAGGAAGGAUUUAUGCCAAUGAGAAAGCAACUUCGGAAGCACGGAAGAGUGGAUAUUGAGAAGGCAAUUACACGUAUGGGGGGAUUCAGAAGGAUCGCAACAUUGAUGAACCUGUCUCUUGCUUACAAGCACCGCAAACCAAAAGGUUAUUGGGAUAACCUUGAGAAUUUGCAAGAAGAGAUAAAUCGGUUCCAGAGAAGCUGGGGAAUGGACCCAUCUUUUAUGCCUAGUAGAAAGUCUUUUGAGCGUGCAGGCCGGUACGACAUUGCUCGAGCAUUGGAGAAAUGGGGGGGACUUCAUGAAGUUUCUCGGCUUCUAGCCCUGAAAGUGAGGCAUCCUAACAGACAAGGAAACCUUUCGAAAGAUAAGAAUGCUGAUAGCGCAGCUUCUGCAAAUGUCACUGAGGAAGGGAACUCACCAUCUAAACCUUAUGUCUCUCAAGAUACACAGAAGUGGCUCCUGAAACUAAAAGACUUGGACAUUAAUUGGGUUUAAUGAAAAAUAUAUAGCUAUUUUUUCCACCUCUCUUGGUCAGGAUAGUUGUAGGAUGCCUUUACUAUUUUAUAUAGCAUAUCAUAUCCUGUUCAGGGUUGGUGAUGUUAACUUCCAAAAUUUGGUUGCCGAAGAUAGAAGGUAAUGAAAAAUACAAAGCUAUUGUCUUC